UUGCACGACCAUUAUUCUGAAAAACAGAGAGAAAAGAAAACCAAAAACCAUUUCUUGGCUGGUUUGAAGAAAUUCUAAGGAGAUCCAAGUGAAAGCAAAGCCAAAGAAGUAGAUUAAGCUUAGUUCUAGCCUUUUUAUGAUAUUUCUUGGGGUUUCCAAGUGGUUUGAGGUUUAGAAAAGCUUGAAGAGAUUGUUUUCGCCGAAAAGUUGCUCGGAUAAGCACAUCAAUACCUAAGACAUCACUUGUUACACGGUGAAAUAUAUUGUGGACAAAAGAUAUAUAAUAACACAGAUGGAUCAUGAACAUGGUAUGGGGGCUACUGAAGGCUCUUGCAGCAAUAAAUAUGAACAAGAAAUGGCUCAACUUCGAGCGGUGGUGAAUAGACAGGCUGAACAAAUUGAGAAGUUGUUAGCAGAACAACGACAAAGGAAAGCACCAACACCACCUACUGAAACUCCAACACCUCCACAAGCUCCACCUGCAGUGCACCCCAUGGAACCAUUAUAUGAACGGUUCCGAAAACAACGCCCACCAGUAUUUGAAGGUAGCACUGACCCACUUGACGCACAAGACUGGAAGAGUUCUUUAGAAGACAUCUUUGAGUUCAUGCAACUAAGUGACAGGGAAAAAGUUUCUUGUGCUGCACAUACACUUAAAAAGGAUGCUAAGAUCUGGUGGGAAGUGGUUAAGCAGACUAGAGAAGUGAAUCAGAUGACUUGGGCAGAAUUUGAACUGGUCUUCAAUGAGAAGUUUUAUAAUGAAGCUGUGUUGACUGCCAAAGUAAGUGAGUUCACUAGAUUGCAACAGGGGAAUCUAUCAGUGGCUGAGUACGCCAGGACAUUUGACCGGUUAGCCAAGUUUGCACCAGACUUGGUUAACACUGAAACUAGUAGAGUGAAUCGCUUCCUGGAGGGUCUACAACCAGAAUUGGCUAGAGAUGUAGAUAUGGGACGUACAGGGCCUCUUUCUUAUGCUCAGGCUGUGGAGAAAGCUUUGAGAGCUGAACAUAGAGAAGAAAAAAUAACAAAAGCUAAAGCUGCUACUAGCACGCCUCGUAGAGACACUCCAUUCAACAAAGAACAAAGCCGCUUUCACAAUGACAACAAAAGAGGGGCCCAGAAUUUCCAAUUUAGACAAGGACAGAAUAAGAAAUUUAAAGGAGGUCAGCAAAACAGGCAACCUGGAUUCCAACAAAUGCCACGAUGUCAAACUUGUGGAAAGAAUCAUUUCGGGGAGUGCAGGCUUCUAACUAAGAGCUGCUUCAAAUGUGGCAAGGGGGAUCAUUUUAUCAAAGAUUGUCCAUUGAUGAAGAACCAACAAAUGAAGGAUGAACCUCAGAGGACAAAUGCUAGGGUGUUCACGAUUACUCAGGCUGAUGCUGAUACCAACAACUCUGUUGUGUCAGGUGAUAUUUUUGCAUCUGGUAUUCUCACUCAUGCAUUAAUAGAUUCAGGUGCCACGCAUUCAUUUGCAUCAUUGACAUAUGUAAAAAGGUUGGGUGGAUCGUGUGAAAAAUUGUCAGAAGUUUUUAGUACAAUGUUACCAUCUGGAGAGAUUCUGUAUUCUACUCAUUGGUUGAGGGGGGUUCCUAUUUGCAUUGAUGGUAGGGAAUUAUAUGCUGAUCUAAUAAUGUUAGAGAUGGCCGAUUAUGAGGUGAUUUUGGGUAUGGAUUGGCUUUCAAAGUAUAAUGCCACUAUUGAUUGUAGAAGGAAAACAGUGAUAUUUAAGCCUUCGGAGGAAGAGGAGUGUUUUCAAAGAUUGAUUUGAGAUCUGGGUAUCAUCAAUUAAAGAUUAGAGAAGAGGAUGUACCAAAGACCGCAUUUCGAACUCGGUAUGGCCAUUAUGAGUUCCUUGUGAUGCCAUUUGGAUUAACUAAUGCUCCAGCUGCAUUCAUGGA